UUGCUUAUUGAAUGUUGCAUUUUCACAAUAUUUUUAGCCGGUGCAACUGUUGUUCGACAUCCGGCCGACGAACCUCGCGCAAGUACACAACAUCAUGAACCGCCGUCGGCUCCCAUCAUCCCUGGAGACAUGUUGGCCGCAAAAAUCCGCACAUAUCUUUCGCAUCCAGUUACAUGGCAACCGUCAGCUGAUCAACGUCGUCUCAUCGGUCAUAUGGUAUUACACAAGACUGAUAAUUCGGCAUCUGGAGAUCUUGGCCUCAAGGUGGUCGGCGGUCGACGCAGCGACAAUGGCCGCUUAGGAGCCUUCAUUACUCGAGUGAAACCAGGAAGUGUGGCGGACACCAUAGGCCGAUUGAGAGCAGGCGAUGAAGUUUUGGAAUGGAAUGGCCAAGCUCUCCAAAAUGCAACAUUCGAUCAAGUGUAUGAGAUAAUAUCAGCAAGUAAACACGAAUCUCAAGUAGAAAUUAUAGUCAGCAGGUCCUCCAGUGUUCCUGGUGGCGACGACUUUCUUAACAUGCAAACUCCAGUUCGGCAACUGCCAAACUUGCAGUACUUCUUAUCACAAGAUCAUGAGAUGUUCGCUUCACCAUCGGCAUCUCCAUUACUUCCACUGCAAACACUUUCCCAUUCACAAUCAGCCAUCCUUCCUCAUCAUCAACAGAUCAGUCCACGACAUCGGACGACAAUGACGGGAGGAUAUUUCCAAGAUCACAUGGCACGUCCAGAGCCACGAGUGUCCGCUUUACAGGAGCAGAAUUUUGGUCGGGGGCAGAUUUUCGGAAGAAUUGAGAUUUCGUUGUACUUCUCACAUGUGGAACGGCAACUAACAGUGCGUAUUGAACGGGUGGCUGACCUUCCUCCACGUGCUGAUGGUUCACCACGGAAUCCUUACGUGAAGAUCUUCUUGCUGCCAGAUCGAAGUGAGAAGUCACGUCGACAAACAACCGUGCUUGCUGAAGCAAUUACCCCUAUCUGGAACGAGUCGUUCUACUACCAAGGAAUCACCGAGCCGAUGCUCAUGGAACGAGUCUUAGAGGUAACCGUGUGGGACUACGACAAAUUUGAGGCCAACUCAUUUCUCGGUGAGACUCUAGUGGACUUCUCGACAACGUCACUGGAUGGCCAAACAAUGACGUUACCGCUGGUCGACAUGGAUGAUGAGAAUCCGUUACGUUUGAGGUUUCGCAAUCGGAAAGUGAAGCAUUACCAUUCAUCCUAUCAACGACCACGGAGCGAAAUGAGUUUCGUCUACAACGGUAAAUCCUCGCCAUACACAGCCGUUGAUCCUUAUGCAGACAGUGCUUCUCGAGCCGCUUCCUCUGAAGCAGUGAUGCGACGAUCAAGAACGUAUGAGAAGCCAGAACUGGCUCAUGGUGGUGGCGCUCUUCUCAAGAUGGACGAGGAUUGGUCGGUGCAACCUCAUUCUGGAUAUCUGUCUGAUCACGGUUACUAUCAGCACUCCGGGCAAAGGAUAAGACAGCGUCGACCUAGAAGUGCAACUGCUAUGCGACCAAUGACUGCAUCAGAAAUGGGAGCAUCGCGGGCGUACUACCGAAACCUGCCCGAGCAGACGUGGGAUGAUGGCGAAUUGACACCAGAUGGACGAUAUGUUCAACAGAAUAUGUCACGAUAUCCACCUCAUGAACCACAUUCGACGAAUGGUCGAUCGUUGGUUGAACUGAUGCAGGAGCAGGAGCAGCCGCAGGAAUACGGAUCAGACGGAAGCGAGACCAUGAGCACUCAUUCAGCACAUUCGAUACCGACAGUCAGAACAAUCAAUCGCCGAUGUAUGCCACCAAACGAGUCCAGUGACAUGCAAGAAACAUCAUUGGAGGAGUACGCUCCAGAAGACGUGCCAUCAGCUUCUGGAGUCUCGGCCAAGUCAUCAGUGCAAGGGCAGUCAAUGAAGGAACGCAAGAAAAGCAUCAUGACACGUUUUAUACCCGGAAAAUCCGGCGCUGCUGAAGGAAAACGAACUGGCUUUCUGCGUUCUGAGGAGGUUGGAAUUCCGGGUAACUUGUCGGCUGCUGAUCGCCUCCAGCAGCAACAGCAGUUUGUCAAGCAAGCCAGUAAAGAGUCUACUGAUUCGACUUCUGACAAUUGGCUACCGGUCCUGCCAGAUGGUCCGCUUGGAACGUUCGUAGACAACCUCGGUCCGGGACAAGUUGUUGGACGACAAGUGCUUGCAAGUCCGCUGCUCGGAGAGAUUCAAAUCGGCAUCAUGGCCGGGCGCUCCGGCAUUGAUGUGGAGAUCAUUCGAGCAAAGAAUCUUGCAGUGAAGCCAGGCGUCAAAAUCAGUCCUGCUCCUUACGUCAAGGUGUAUCUCAUGGAAGGCAAAACGUGUGUUGCAAAGGCGAAGACGAAUCCUGUCAGAAAAACCACAGCGCCGCUAUUUCAACAACAUCUUAUCUUCAAUGAUAAUCCAAAACGAAAAAUGCUUCAGAUCACAGUUCUUGGUGACUACGGUAGAAUGGAGCGGAAAACAUUUAUGGGCAUUGCAUUAAUUCGAUUAGACGAUCUACGAUUGGGUUCGGAGCCGAUCAUUGGCUGGUACAAGCUCUAUCAUAGUUCGUCAUUGGCUGGUACCGGUCCCGUACGAAAAGACUCAGAAACCUCUUUAGUAGGAGCAAAUACGUUACAGUACCAGUAG